AUGGCCGCCCCCGCUGCGUCGUCGGACUGGCGCCUCCCAACGAAUCAAUUAAACGCACCGCCUCCCGGUCUGAGAGUGGGCCCACAGCACAAGUGCACACCAGCGACCCUGGAGCACAUCAUGAACUCUCACGGCGGCGACACCGCCAUGAUGGACAUAUACCCAAGCACGGAGACCGGGUCAGCGCAUGAUUCACUGUCUCCGACCAAGUCGCCACAACCAAAGCAGAUAUCCUUCGAGUUGCUGCUUUUGCCCCAAUCCCCGCAACACAAAGCACGCCUCCCCAUGCGUGUGAACAUCUACCCCCACGAUACCACCGAUAGUAUCAUCACGACGGUCAAGAACUUCUAUGGGCUCUACGAGCGCAAGGGCGUUGUGUUCGAGGACCGCCAUGGGAAUACACUGAUCGCUCGCUACGAGAACUUCGCUCACAACAUGGUCGUCUAUGUGCGCGUCACUGCAGAGGACCCAGACAUGGAAGAGUUCCAAACUGUUUCGCAUCACUCUAUGUCUCCUCGCCGCCCGAGACUGGAUGAAGCAUUCCAGAUGCUCCCUCCCAGUCUCGCCAGACACAUGCGACAAAGCGAGUCGCCUCAGCCAGGCCGCGGCCGACGCAGUGCUUCUACCAUGUCUGCCAGCAAGCGUGCCCGUGCUGCCGCGAAGAGCCGCGGCCCUAGCUCUCAUGGAAGCUUCGCUGACAAUGGCGAUGCCAACGGCUACAGCGACAGCGAGAACGGCGACGCUUCGGUGACCUCGCGCCGCUCGAGGAAGGAGCAGGUUGCCAGCGCUGAGAUCAGCGUCGAUAACAUCGUUGAGGGUGGCCGUCGCAAGCGUGCCAAGUUUGACAGCUCUGAGCUUCCCCUCUUCGUCCCUCCUCAAGUUCCGAUGACCGCGUCUCUCUCCUCGGCCUCUCCCCAGAGACGUAUCAGUGGUAACAACGCGGGCUCCCCCUACGCCAUGAGUAACCAGCAGACGUUUGCAUUCUCGUACCCCCUGCAGUCACCACAAAGCUACGGCCAGGGCGAUGCCACAUACAACCACGGACUGGCAACUCCCUACUCUGCCUCGAGCGGGCAGGUGCCAGGUUACCGAUCGCGCACCCGUGGCACAACACAAGGAGGGCCGUAUCGGCAAUCUGGUGCACCAGGAGGCAUCUUGCCUACUCCUGACCCGACCCUUGGUAGCGCAAGCGUCAUCUCAGAUGAAGACGUCGCUCGUCAGCUGAUGCGCUUGGGCGAUGCUUCCAAUUUCUCUACGCACGGUCGAACUUCUACUUCGACGCUUGAUGACGCAUUGAGCGGUAAAGCAGAGAUCGCAUCCUCUAGCGAAGAGAGCGAUGAUGGUAGCGACGAGGAGCCGGAGCUUCCACCGCUUCCUUUCAAUGUCGGACGCACCAAUGGUCUGAUUGGAGAGCCUCUCAUCCGUGGAUACGAAAGCGCCGACAGCAGCGGCGAGGACUACGACGACAAUCGGGAUGAUUCCUUCAAGGGCGAAAGUGAUGAGAUCAUGCCUGAUGGACAUCACGACCAUCUCCAGCCUCACGUGGCCAAGUCUCGUGGGUCUGUCUCGAGCAAGACUGAUCUCUCAGCCAAGCCUCGCGCUCUCUCCAAGUCGAAGGGCAAGGUCGCAAAGGCGCCCAUGUCCCCAACUUCCCUUCCGUCUCAGUCGCGCAAGACAUCGAGCGCCUCUACCAACGGACAGCACCCGAUUGGAAUUGACGAAGAGGAUCUCUCGUCGAAGCCUCGCUGCCAGCGAUGCCGCAAGAGCAAGAAAGGUUGCGAUCGCCAGCGGCCCUGCGGACGUUGCAAGGAUGCAGGCAUCGGGAUCGAAGGUUGCGUCAGCGAGGACGAAGGCAAUGGCCGCAAAGGGCGAUACGGACGUCACAUGGGGGUUCCUGUCAAGAAGCCUAUGGAUCCCCCUUCGCUGCACGACCACGUGCAUGCGCCGAUUGCUACGAACAAUUUCCUCAUCGACAGCAGCACAAACGAUAAGAGCAAGAAGAGGAAACGGUAA